GUGCGUGGAAGCCUCUGGGACGUGUUGCUUUAAAAUGAAAAAGGAGGGCAGGUUAAUUCGGUGGAUCGGGUGGAUCGUGGUUGUGACAACUUUGUUGUUGCUGGGUUUCAUCAUAGGCUGGUUUGCAAAGCCCACACAUCCAAACACUCCAGACAACACUGCUUCUAGUAAAUAUCUAAGGGAGUUUCUGGAUGAAAUGCAGCCAGACCAGAUCAGAGAGCAUCUCAGGAAAUUUACACGACUCCCCCACCUGGCUGGUACAGAGCAAAAUCUGAUCUAUGCAGAACAGAUCAUGAAAGAGUGGCAGGAGUAUGGACUGGACUCAGUGGAGAUGGUGCCCUAUGACGUCCUGCUGUCCUAUCCCAACGUAUCACAGCCGAAUUACAUCUCGAUAGUUGACAAGCUUGGCAGUGAGGUUUUUAACACUUCCUUGGCUGAGCCAGUUCCAGAGGGUUAUGAAGAUGUUUCUAACAUUGUGCCUCCAUACAGUGCCUUCUCUCCCAAAGGACAACCUGAGGGGGAUUUGCUGUACGUGAACUAUGGUCGAACAGAAGACUUUUUCCAGUUACAGAGGGAGAUGGGCAUCAAUGUUACUGGGAACAUUGUCAUCGUCAGAUAUGGGAAAAUAUUCAGAGGCAAUAAGGUGAAAAAUGCCAUGUUAGCCGGAGCAAAGGGGAUCGUUAUGUUCUCAGACCCAGGAGAUUACUGGGCUGCUGGAGUCAAGCCCUACCCUGAUGGCUGGAACAUACCCGGUGGAGGAGCUCAGAGAGGAAACGUUCUCAACCUGAAUGGAGCAGGAGACCCACUCACACCAGGUUACCCUGCCAAAGAAUAUACGCACAGAUUAAGCCUGGAGGACGGAGUGGGUCUUCUCAAGAUUCCUGUGCAUCCAAUUGGCUUCCAUGAUGCAAUUAACCUGCUGAAGAACAUGGGAGGUCCCAUUCCACCCAACAACUGGAAAGGAGGUUUGAAUGUCUCCUACAGGAUUGGUCCAGGAUUUACGGACGAAUUCAAGAGCCAGAAGGUGCGUAUGAACAUCCACACCAACAACCAGGUAACCAGAAUCUACAACGUCAUCGGCAGGAUUAGAGGAGCUCUGGAGCCAGACAGGUAUGUGAUUCUGGGUGGGCACCGGGAUGCCUGGGUGUUUGGAGGAAUUGAUCCCAUGUCUGGUGCUGCAGUGGUUCACGAAACUGUCAGGAGCGCUGGCAGGCUGCUCAGUAAAGGCUGGAGGCCUAGGAGGACAUUAAUAUUUGCCAGCUGGGAUGCAGAAGAGUUUGGAUUGCAGGGAUCUACAGAAUGGGCAGAGGAUAACGCCAAGCUGCUGCAGGAGAGAGCUGUGGCCUACAUCAAUGCUGACUCUGCCAUUGAGGGAAUGUACACACUGAGGGUUGACUGCACUCCUUCGCUACACACUUUAGUGUACGACCUCACCAAGCAGAUAGCCAGUCCAGAGGAAGGAGAAGAGGGAGUUUCUCUGUACGACAGUUGGCAUAAGAGGGACAACUGGACGAAUGACCGUGAUGCACCCAGGAUCAGUAAACUCGGGUCAGGCAGUGAUUUUGAGGCCUAUUUUAUCCGUCUGGGAAUUGCUGCAGGAAGAUCGAGAUACACUAAGAACAAGAAAACCGAGCGGUACAGCAGUUAUCCAGUCUAUCACAGUGUGUACGAAACCUUCGAGAUAGUGGAGAAGUUUUACGACCCCUCGUUCAAGAGGCUUCGGGCAGUGGCCCAGGUGAGAGGGGGGCUCAUCUUCCAAUUGGCCGAUUCCCUGCUCCUCCCUCUCGAUGUCAACCAGUAUGCAGACGCGCUCGGGAAGUAUGCACAGAGCAUCGCACUGCUGGCACAGAGGCACCCAGAGGAGAUGACCAUGUAUAAGGUGUCUUUUGAUUCCUUGUUUUCCGCUGUGGAGAACUUCACUGUUGCAGCCAGCGACUUCCAUGAGCGCCUGCAGACUGUCAACAAAGCAGAUCCUCUGCAGGUACGUGUCAUGAAUGAUCAGCUCAUGUAUCUGGAGAGAGCCUUCAUAGACCCCCUAGGCUUACCUGGCAGACCGUUCUACAGGCAUGUGAUUUUUGCUCCCAGCAGACAUAAUAAAUACGCAGGGGAGUCUUUCCCUGGGAUCUACGAUGCAUUGUUUGACAUCGAGAACUCAGCUGAUGCAGAGAAGGCCUGGGAGGAAGUCAAGCGUCAAAUCAGCAUCGCGGCAUUCACCGUUCAUGCUGCUGCCAUGACCCUAACUCCACCUGCAUGAAGCGGGCACAAACAAUCUAAAGCUAUGUGAUUUGGCUAAUUAUUGAGAAUGAUUUUAUCACACCAGAAUGUGAAAAGAGGGAAUGUACUCCCCGCAACACACAGAGAUGGACAAUUCCUGUUUUCUGAACCAGUCCUACCAGUCCUGUUCCAGGAACUUCAAAAGCUCAGUAACACAGUGAACUCUGAGUGCCACGUCCGUGAUACAACGUCCUGACGUGUUAUGUGGCUACAUUACUAUUUUAUUGUGCUGUUCUUUUGUAAUUGGGGAGCAUAAUAAAAUCCAUCCAUCCAACAUGUGGGCAGAAAAAAACUGAUAUCCUGUGAAAUGUGAAACUGUGAAAUCUUUUACAUCCAAAUCACAAAAAAUACAACAAACUAUGAACCUGCACGAAACCUGAUUCCUGUUCAAUGAAAUACAGUGAAACAUUCAAUGUUGAAGACAGGACACAAACACAAUGCCAUCAUGAGGCAAUGAAGCGGAACAGCUGAAGAUGAUCCUGAAACACACUUACAGUGAUUACUUUAAGAAGAAAAAGCAUCUCAACAUCUCACAUUUAUUAUUUAUACAUAUAAUCCACUAUGAAGAUGUGUCAAAUCUGCUUUUUCAAAGGAGGUGAUUGAAUGCAUGUGAUGAGUGUGAGCAUGCUGUCAUGUCUGCAUGCCUCCGCGUUUUUACCGUGGUGCUGAUCGCCACCACUUAUCUGAGGUCAGAUAAGGAUUCCUUGGCGUAGAUGGAGAUGAAAACUGGACUGCCUGUCUGGUGUCAGUCAAACCUGCACAGCAUCACCUUUAUGCCAUGGGGGACAUUAUUGUUGGCUACAUUUAAUUUUCCUUCAUUUGAUUAAUCUACUGAAUUAUUUCCUGAAGGAAAAUGUGCAGAAGGUUGAGCAGGACACAACACACUUCAAAAAACGGACAUUACUGUGUGUGCAACACACAGGAAGUGAACUGUAUUAAACUUAUCUCGCAGGUGUGUAUGUGUUAACCAUAACAAUAAUGUCUGCCCUACAUUUCCUGCACUUUGAUCUAAGUUGGAGCGUUUUCAGUCUGACUGGUUAUUUUUCCUCCAGAGGUGACUUCCUGUAGUUCAGACCUGCCGCGACAGAAAGGAGUUUUCUUCAGGCUGCACACAAAUAUUUCAUGAAGCACAUUCAAUUUAAGUUGUACAAUGUAGACUCACAACCGCUGCACACCAAACACUUUGCUGAAGCUGAUUAGAUCGUGUGUGGUGUGUUUGUGUUCUCCCCCCUCAUGGAAAACAGAAACUCCCGGAUGGUGUUUACAGACUUCGCCGUCUCUCGCGGGUUCAGAGUAAGACAGAGUCCAAACUAACAGACACAUGAUGACAUUUGAACCCCGGCUGACACAGAACCAGCAUUAUAUAUUGUAGCUUCUAUUAUUCUAUCUCUGUAGAACAAAUCCAUGAGUUUACCUGUGUUUUCAGUAUAUUUACUGACAUUUAGGUCAAGUAAGUGCUGGUCACUGAAAGUAAUCAAAUGUAAAUUAGUUGUAAGCCUACAAUGAUAAUUAAGUGUCUAAGGUAGGGGUGUCAAACAUGCGGCCCGGGGGCCAAAACCGGCCCACCAUUGGGUCCAGUCCGGCACAAGUGUACAAAUUAGUUAAAUUAAGUAAAAUACUGUUCCAGAUACCUGUGACAAAAUGUUUUGUGCCUGCGUAGAUACAUUGUAAUGCACUUGUAAAUGAUAAACUGAAGCACAAUAUUGUUGAAAUUGAGCCUUUUUUUCUUUAAAUCUCAGGUUCAUCAUGUUUUGUAAAAAGAUAGUUCAUUAAAUGUGAACA